UCUUCUGAAAGUAUUGCAUCUUGAUGAUUCUGGUUUGGAUAGCAUUCCUGAAACUUUGGGAAAUCUGUUGCAUUUGAGGUACUUAAGCCUGAGGAAUACAAAAGUCAGGAUGCUUCCAAGGUCCGUAGGUAAACUGCAAAACCUACAGACUUUGGAUCUGAAAUAUACCCUUGUGGAGGAUCUUCCUGUUGAGAUCAAUAGGCUUAAAAAGCUGCGCAAUAUUCUAGUCCAAAAUUAUGAUUUUGAUGUUGAUUUGGACUUGUUUUCUGUUAAAGGAGUGCAUGUUAAGGAGGGUAUUGGCUGUUUGGAAGAGUUGCAGAGGCUGUACUGUGUGGAGGCAAACCAUGGGGUGGGGGUAAUUAAAGAGCUGGGAAAGCUGAGGCAGUUGAGGAAGCUGAGUAUUACAAAACUUACUAGAGAAAAUGGGGAGCAUUUAUGUGCCUCCAUUACAAACAUGAAUCACCUUGAAUCUUUGUUAAUUUCGUCAUUGAGUGAAGACGAGAUUCUGGAUUUACAGUAUAUAUCGUAUCCACCCUCCUGUCUUUCACGUCUCCAGUUGUUCGGGCCUUUGGAGAAGUUACCUGACUGGAUUUCUGAACUUCAAAAUUUAUCUAUUGUAACCUUGUAUGGUUCUAACUUGAUGAAUGAUCCAGUGCAAGUCCUUCAAGCCUUGCCUAGCCUGCGGGUGCUUGCCCUUGUCCGUGACUCUGUUGUUGAGCAAUUGUGUUUUGAGACCUCCGGGUUUCAGAAGCUUAAGCUCUUAUUUCUCCGUUCCUUGGUGGGACUGAAGAGGGUGAAAAUAGAGAAUAGAGCAUUGCACCAACUCAAGACGCUUAGAGUUGGGCCCUGCCCACAACUGGAGGAGAUUCCCCCCGGCAUCCGACACCUUACCAGACUUACAACUCUUGGAUUUGAUAAUUUGCAGGAAGAAUUGAAAGUAAGUAUGAUACCCACCCGGGGCGGCAGAAAUUAUGAGAUUGUUGAGCACAUUCCAAACGUCCUUUUUCAUGGGAUUGAAACUCAGCCUACGAGAGCUAGCUGACUACAAAUCUUAAUUCCCACAAAAAGGAAUUGAUGUAUAUAUAAGACUUGAAAAUCCAAUUGCUGGAAUCUCCACUGGGCUAAUGGCUUGAAUU